AUGCUGCUGUUCUGGACGUUGCUGAUCUGUUGGGGGCUGCUGCCCCAAGCCCAAGGGAAGACCCACAGCCCACUCCUCCUGCGGGUCAGUCAGAGCCAGCUGGAAGCAGACAUUUCAGAUCUAUUUUCGGAGCAUGAAAUUCUGAACCAUGUGAUCAGAAUGCCCGUUGGGGGAGCCUCAAGCGAGAGUGUGUCUGUCCUGGAUGACUUGCCCUUCGUCAGAGAGCACCUCGUCAAGAAGAGAAGAGGGCUGGACCUAUCAGUGGUUGGGGAUCUGCUCUCUGGGGAGACUGUGCCAGAGCUGAGGGAGCUGCUGGAGACAGGCGGGUUGGUCAUAGAAGAUGCCAAGGGACCUGAGGUCACCCUGCAAAUUCUAAGUGACAGUUUGCUACAGGUCACACUGCGCUGCAAACUGUACCUCUCACUCCUGGAGAUUGUGUGGCUCAGAGUCAUCAAGAACAUACGCAUCGGAGUACGGCUAGAACAGAUAGGCAACAAAACGCAGGUGGCCCUCGAGGAGUGCCAUACCCCACCUGGAAGCCUGAGCAUUGAGAUCCUGAAGCCGACAGACUCCCUGCUGGUGAACAAACUGCUGAAAUUGGUGGCAGGCACCCUGGACAAAUCACUACCCUUUCUCCUCCAGAAGAUAGUGUGCCCCGUGGCCACAAGCCUGCUCAACUCACUGCUGGAAGACCUGCUGCACAUCACUGUCCCCCCAAUCAUCUCGGGUCCUGAUGACUUCCAGUACUAUGUGACAAAUACAGAGUUCACAGAGGAGGCCAUCCUGAUGAGAGUGCAGCUUGUGACUCCCUGCCACCCAGGACAGCUGGCUCCAAGGCCAGAGCAUGUGAUUCCUCCACCCCUUCCAGGAUUAGCCCAGGACAGCAUGGCAGACAUGGCCUUUUGGCUAGAGGUCUACAAUGACAUCCUGUCUUGCCUCUACUCAAGUCAGGAGGUUCACCUGGACCUGCAAGACUCCACAGAAGCUGACCUCUGGCAGCUGUUGUCACUGAGAAUGCUGCAGCCCGGGCCGGAGGCCUCUAAUCAGUCCAGAGGGACCCUGGGACUGGUCAUCAGGACUCCAGAUCCCCCCAUUGUCCACCUUGAUGGCCACAGGGCCAUGGUCAUCCAGCGGGGCUUACUGAUGCUCCCUGGGACCAACAACACCUCCUCUGAUGCAGUGACCUGGCAACUCCUUUCCAAAGCUGUGUUUUCCUCAAGAAACCAGAAACUAAAACUUCAGUUCACUCCACACAGCACCAUGGUCACCCUGGGCCCUUACCAUGCCAUCUUUAAGAAGCAGGAAGAACGCCUGAAGGCCUUGCUCUUAGAGUUCCUGAAGAGAAGGUUCCUGCCUCACCACAACAAGUGGCUCAGAGAACAUAGCCUCCCACUGCCCAACAUCAAGGGCAUCUCCUUCAGCCAGGCCCAGAUGGAUUUCUCCCAGGAUUAUAUCCUGCUGAUCGUUCCUGCGUAG